ACCUUGCAUCUAUUCACGAGUGAUCUUCAAGGCAAUAACUGUCACUUGCGCAGUCGUUACCGCGGCCGCGAAUCGAGCGCUCGUGACCGCGACUACUCGAUAUGUCGAAUCGAUAAAUGUAUCGAUAAGUUGAUAUGAAAAAGUAAUUGUACCAGUGAGAAAUAUUUUAUUUAUUUCAAUUUAUUAUUUAUUGUGUAGUUAAAGUUAAAAAAUAAUUUCUUCGAGUUGUGUUUUGUAUCCUGAAAGUGAAUGGUGUCCUUUAAUAAGAUGUGGACUACCUUGAUGAUUCUGGCGGCAGCCAGCCUGACGCAAGGUGUAGAGCUCCCGCCGAGCUGCAGCAGACCAGUCUACUGCGACAGCAACCUUCUCCACCAUGUCCAAAUGGCAAGGAUCUUCAACGACUCCAAAACUUUCGUCGAUCGCGUCAUGAACUACGAUGAGACAAAAACUUUGAUGGACUUUGAUGCUCUGCUCAAUGAAACCGAACAAAAUCCUUCCAAAAAACAGAUCAAAGCGUUCGUUGAUCAAUACUUUUCCGAAGAAGGUGAACUUGAAGAAUGGCAGCCAAAAGACUUUAGUGAAAACCCUGAAUUCCUUCACUUAAUACGUGAUAAAGAUUUAAGAAAUUUUGGAAAAGGCAUUAACGAUAUUUGGCCAAUUCUGGCGAGAAAAGUGAAGCCAGAGGUACUAGAAAAGCCUGAGCAGUUCAGCUUAGUCCCUGUUACUCACGGCUUUAUCAUACCCGGAGGACGUUUCAAGGAGAUAUAUUAUUGGGACACUUAUUGGAUUAUCGAAGGUCUUCUAGUAAGUGGCAUGCAAGAGACUGCCAAAGGCAUGAUUGAAAAUCUCAUAGAGCUUUUAGUUAAAUUUGGUCACAUCCCUAACGGGAGCCGAUGGUAUUAUGAGGAGCGCAGUCAACCACCCAUGUUAACUGAUAUGGUAGCUCUUUACUAUAAAUACACCCAAGAUCUUGAAUUUCUAAGGAAACAUAUAGCAGCUUUAGAAAAUGAAAUAUCCUACUGGUUAGAUACACAAGCUGCUUCGUUCGAGAAAGAUGGCGAAUACUACACACUUCUUAGAUACUACGCUCCAAGUGCAGGACCUAGACCAGAAUCUUAUUUUGAAGAUUACAAUAUCACUAUUGGCAUGAGCGAGGAAGAACGAACAGACUUUUACAUUGACACGAAGAGUGCUGCUGAGAGCGGGUGGGACUUUUCGUCUAGAUGGUUUGUCGCCCCGGACGGAAGCAACAACGGUGACUUAUCUGACCUUCAUACAAGGUACAUUAUUCCUGUGGACCUAAAUGCUAUCUUUGCCGGUGCUCUUAAAAAUGUAGCCCGAUUCCAUUUUCUAUUAAAUAAUGGCCGUAAAGCUGCGCAGUACGAAGUGCUGUUAAAGCAAUGGAUGGACACCAUUCAAAAGGUCUUGUGGGUUGAUGAGGACGGAAUUUGGUAUGAUUAUGAUUUUAGGGACAACGCUCACCGUAGGUAUUUCUAUACUUCUAACGUUGCACCGCUGUGGCAAGGGGUUGUCGCCUUGGAUCUACUUAAAACGCAAGGGCCAAAAGUGGUAGACUACCUUAAGAAUUCUGGCAGUCUGAACUUCCCGGGUGGUGUGCCUACCUCGCUCAAUAAGACUGGAGAGCAAUGGGACUAUCCUAACGUGUGGCCACCAGAAGUUAGCAUAGUCGUAAAUGCUUUAGAAAAAAUUGGUACUAAAGAGGCGUCCGAUCUGGCUUUUGAAGUAGCUCAAACAUUCGUCAGAUCUUGUCACUCUGGCUUCCUUCAGUACAAGCAGAUGUUUGAAAAAUAUGACGCCGAGAAGCCUGGACAGUUCGGCGGUGGAGGCGAGUACAACGUGCAGUUCGGUUUCGGGUGGAGUAAUGGCGCAGUACUAGAAUUCUUGAAAAAGUAUGGUAGCAAGUUAACUGCUGAUGACUCAUCAGAGCUAGGUCCUCCUGACGGAAAUACGAACAGCGCAUUGUUCAAAAUCUGUAUGUCGCUGUACAUGCCCAUGUACCGGGUUUUGGGACUACUGGGGUGUGUACAUGCACACGCCGACCUCCCACCGAACUGCAGAAGACCAGUCUACUGCAAAAGCAAUCUUCUCCACCAUGUCCAAAUGGCAAGAAUCUUUAGCGACUCCAAAACUUUCGUCGAUCUCGUUAUGAAACACGAUGAGGCAAAAACAUUACACGAUUUUGAUAUUCUUCUUAAACAAACAGACCAAAAUCCGUCCAAAAAACAGCUAAAAACUUUCGUUGACCAAUACUUCGCAGAAGAAGGUGAACUUGAAGCAUGGAAGCCAACAGACUUCACUAGUAAUCCUGAGUUUCUUAACUUAAUACGUGACAAAGAUUUAAGAAAUUUCGGAAAAGGCAUUAACGAUAUUUGGCCUCUGCUGGCGAGAAAGGUCAAGCCAGAGGUUCGCAAAAAGCCUGAUCAGUUUAGUUUAGUCCCUGUCACCCACGGAUUUAUCAUACCUGGAGGACGUUUCAAGGAGAUAUAUUAUUGGGAUACUUAUUGGAUUAUCGAAGGUCUCCUUAUAAGCGGAAUGCAAACUACUGCCAAGGGCAUGAUUGAAAAUCUCAUAGAGCUUCUAGUUAAAUUUGGUCACAUUCCUAACGGGAGCCGAUGGUAUUAUGAGGAGCGCAGUCAACCACCCAUGUUAACCGAUAUGGUGGCUCUUUACUAUAAAUACACCCAAGAUCUUGAAUUCCUAAGAAACAAUAUAGCAUCUUUGGAAAAUGAAAUAUCCUACUGGUUAAGUACACAAACUGUUUCCUUCGAGAAAGAUGGCGAAUGCUACACUCUUCUAAGGUACUACGUUCCUAGUGCAGGACCUCGACCCGAAUCAUACUUUGAAGAUUAUAAUAUUUCUAUGGACAUGAGCGAGCAAGACCGUACUGAUUUUUACACUGACGUUAAAAGUGCUGCUGAGAGCGGGUGGGACUUUUCAUCGAGAUGGUUCGUCGCCUCGGACGGAAGCAACAACGGCGACUUAUCUGACCUUCAUACAAGGUACAUUAUUCCUGUGGACCUAAAUGCUAUCUUUGCCGGUGCUCUUAAAAACGUAGCCCGCUUCCAUUCUCUAUUAAAAAAUGAUCGCAAGGCUGAGCACUACGAAGCGCUAUUAAAGCAAUGGAUGGACACCAUUCAGAAGGUCCUGUGGAACGAUGAGGACGGAAUUUGGUAUGAUUAUGAUUAUAAACACCACGUUCACCGCAAAUAUUUCUAUACAUCAAACGUCGCGCCGCUGUGGCAGGGAGUUGUCGCAUUGGAUCUGGUGAAGGCCAAAGGGCCAAAGAUUGUGGAAUACCUCAGGAGUUCUGGCAGUCUGGACUUCCCGGGUGGUGUGCCUACCUCCCUCAAAAUGACUGGAGAGCAAUGGGACUAUCCUAACGUGUGGCCACCAGAAGUGAGCAUCGUCGUUAAUGCUUUAGAAAACAUUGGUACUAAAGAGGCGGAUGAGCUGGCUUUCGAAGUAGCUCAAACAUUUGUCCGAUCUUGUCACUCUGGCUUCCUCCAGUACGGGCAGAUGUUUGAGAAAUAUGACGCAGAGCAACCUGGACAGUUCGGCGGUGGAGGCGAGUACAACGUGCAGUUCGGAUUCGGGUGGAGUAAUGGUGUGGUUCUAGAAUUUUUGAAAAAGUAUGGUAGCAAAUUAACUGCUCAUGACUCACCUGACGGACCAGCGAGUGACUAGGUGCCGGGAAUAAUUAGAAAUAUAUUAUAAUAAUGAUUAAAGUUUUAGAACCUUACCUAUU